UAUGUUGUGAGCUGGAGAGAGAUGCAGGAGGGUGGGUAGCGUAGCAAAACGAAAUAGUAAACUCUGAGAAUAAGGUGUGUGUGUGUUGGCGCUGCUCUGAGAGUGUGUGUGUGUGUGGCGGUGCUCUGAGAGUGUAUGCACCCAGAGCGAGCCACCAUGCCCGUGACAUCACAGCUGUUCCGAGGCUUCCCUCGGACGAAGCUCUGGGGUUCCUCCCUGUUCCCAUGCCAACGCCAGCUUCCCUGCUGCCCCACCUCCCACCGGCCCACCUCGUCGCAGCCCCACCCCCUAUGGCCGACAGCCAUGCCCGUGCGUGGCUAUAGGAGGAGCCCUGACCUCCACAGCUACAAUCUCACCCCCCCACAGGUCAACUCAAUCCUCAAGGCCAACGAGUACAGCUUCAAGGUUCCAGAGUUUGAUGGUAAGAAUGUGUCGUCGGUGAUGGGGUUCGACAGUAACCAGCUGCCUGCCAACGCACCCAUCGAGGACCGGCGCAGCGCUGCCACCUGUCUGCAGACGCGGGGGAUGCUGCUGGGAGUGUUCGAUGGCCAUGCGGGCUGUGCCUGUGCACAGGCGCUGAGUGAGAGGUUGUUCUACUACGUAGCCAUGUCCUUGAUGCCCCAUGAGACCCUGUGUGAGCUGGAGGCUGCAGUAGAGGCAGGCAGACCCCUCAGCCCCAUCCUGCAGUGGCACAAACACCCCAACGACUUCUUCACCAGGGAGGCACAGACUAUGUACUUCAACAGCCUCAGAACCUACUGGCAGGAACUCAUAGACCUCAGCAGUCCAGGGGAGAGCCUAGGGCCCAGAGAGGCGUUGCUGAGUGCCUUUAAGAGACUGGACAGUGACCUGUCUCUGGAGGCUCAGGUGGGAGACGCCAAUUCCUUCCUCCACUACUGGGUUCUGAGAGUGGCCUUCUCUGGAGCGACUGCCUGCGUAGCUCACAUCGAUGGAUCCGACCUGUAUGUAGCAAACACGGGCGACGGCCGGGCGGUGCUGGGGGUCCAGGAGGAGGACGGCUCGUUCAGCGCUCACACGCUCUCCAACGACCACAACGCCCAGAAUGAGAACGAGGUGGCCCGCAUCCAGGGGGAGCACCCCCCCUCUGAGAAGAAGACUGUCGUACGACAGGACCGGUUGUUGGGCCUGCUGAUGCCGUUCCGUGCGUUUGGAGAUGUGAAGUUCAAGUGGAGCAUUGACUUGCAGCGAGGUGUGUUGGAGUCAGGACCAGACCAGCUCCAUGACAACGAACACACCAAGUUCAUCCCCCCCAAUUACCACACCCCUCCCUACCUCACGGCCGAGCCUGAGAUCACACACCACCGCCUCCGACCUCAGGACCGCUUCCUGGUGCUGGGUACAGACGGGCUGUGGGAGACGCUCCAUCGACAGGAGGUGGUCCGGAUCGUAGGGGAGUAUCUAACGGGGGUCCACCAGCGCCAGCCCCUCACCGUGGGGGGUUACCAUGUCACCCUGGGACAGAUGCAGGGGCUGCUGGCUGAGAGGAAGGCCCGUGCCUCCUUAGCUUUCCAGGACCAGAACGCUGCCACCCACCUGAUUCGCCACGCGGUGGGCAACAAUGAGUUUGGAGCAGUGGACCACGAGACGCUGUCCAAGAUGCUGUCUCUGCCUGAGGAACUGGCCCGCAUGUACCGCGAUGACAUCACCAUCAUCAUCACACAGUUCAAUCCCCACGUGGUUGGACACCAGCGCCAAGGGGGGGAGUCCUGAGCCAGCUCAGCCUAUCAGAGGGGAACGUGGACAUGAACAGGAAGUUUACUUUCUAGGAGAAAAAACACUGAUGUGAGGACUGGGUCUUGCUACAUGGUUAAGCUCUAAUCUUUAUUUUACCAAACGCACACAAAACAUACUGUUAAUGGACUAACCCUGCAGAGGGAGGACUGCCUACCUUCGGACUACUUAUUUUAGGAUUGUUAUUGAAGAGGUGUGUGUACAGUAUGUGCACAUGUGAGCACACAGUCCUGGUCAUGUGGAUUGUUGAAAUGCUUGCUGAAACUGGUCACAAGUUGGCUCUUUUCUGAGUCUUGUGGCCUGAUGUGUGUAUGAAGCUUUUUAAAGGAUAUUUGAUCAACCUCUCUACAGCAUUCUGCUUCUCUGCUCUGUCACAGUCUCUGCCCAUAGGAAACUUACAUUUUUGCCUAAAGAGUUUGCUGCUUUAUAACUAUGUUGUCUGAGCAUUGAGGUAAUGAUACGGUGGCAGCCUUUGUGUCUACUCCUCUACAAACAUCCCUCCCUCUUUCAUAUCACAGAUUCUGUGCUGUGCAGUUGCAGCAUCUGUCUUGCUCUAGAGCUGCAACUGGCCUCCAUCCUGGCUCUACCGCAUGGCUCUGCUGUUACAUAGUAGGGCUCUGUCUGUCUGUGUUCUGUCAUUGGAUGGAUCAGUGUCCUUUAUACUUGUUACAGACGGACAGCCAAAAGCUCCCAGGCACACUUCUUGUUAUCUUAUAUUUUGAAUAAUGUUUAUUUAAAAUGUUUUUAAUCUGAUUUCAAACAUUGACUAUUUUGUCAACCUUCGAGAGGAAUAACUGCCUGUGUCUAUAAAGCAGAUGUUAUUGCUCUGAGACAGAUGACUUCACUAAGAUAGGAACCAGUAGAGCUACGUAGUGUGCAGGCUUUAGAUCCAGCACUAACACCUCUAUCACAACUACUCACCCACAGGAAUCAGGUUUGUUAUGUGCUGAGUGUGUCUGAGAGAUUCUACAGCAGACUGAAGGAGUGGUGGUAUUCUGUAGAGGAGAGAGAGAGGGUGUGUGUGAUCAGACGUUUAUUGUUUUAGGGUUGCAGAGUAUACAUGUUUCAAAGAAACAUAGUGGUUGAACUGCUCGUGUUUUUUGACAAUUAUACUCUUAUACGGAGGGAUAUGGUAUACUAACGUCAUCAUGCUUACAUGGUGGGUAUUCUAUCAAACAUGUUUUAAAAAGUUUAGUUUUUAGUUUUUAACAGUGAAUCAUUGCUAGCCUGGUGUCAGAUCUCUGUCUGAGGUAACCAUGGAAUUAGGAAUUGAACUGUAAACAUCUCCUGUCAUGUUCAUGCCAAACCUCCAGGAGUGACUAAAACAGAGACAGACUUAGUCACUGUUGGCAGGACACUAACCAUGGUGUGGUUCUAGGCUUGUAUAGGUCAGAUGAAGGGUGUGCAUCAUAUGAGGUUGUAUAUCUCGUGGUGGUGUAUAUUUAGGAGAGGAGAGAAUGUAAAGCUGAAGGUGGCUCUGUCUGGACGCUGGCUGAAUACUUGAAGGUUAUUUAUGCAACUUUUAAUAUGUCACAGUUAUUUAUCCACAAUUAUAUGAGAUGUGACAGGUAUGUUUGUACAGUGUCCUGUUUGUGUCCAGUGACCAGUGACCUGUUUGGGCUUGAGACUAAAGUUUUUUUGUAUUUGGAAACUUAAUAAAACAAUGGCUACUCCA